AUGAGCCACCCCCAAGACGAAGUGCACCGGCACUCCCUUUCAGACCCGUCAUCCUUCUGGGCGCAUCAGGCGGAACAUCUCUACUGGCACAAGAAACCUAACUCAAUCCUAACGCAGACAACGAAAUCGCUCAAGAGCGAGACUGAGCAUCCGCACUGGGAAUGGUUUGCGGGUGGCGAGAUCUCGACGUGCUAUAACUGCGUGGACCGGCACGUUUUGGCGGGGCAUGGGCACCAGCCAGCGGUAUACUACGAUAGUCCUGUCACAGGGACGAAACGGACCAUCACGUAUGCGCAGUUGCUGGAUGAGGUGGAGGUGCUGGCGGGGGUGUUGAGGGAGGAGGGCGUGGGGAAGGGGGAUGUGGUGUUGGUGUAUAUGCCCAUGAUCCCCGCGGCCCUGAUCGGCAUCCUAGCCAUCAACCGUCUAGGCGCCCUCCACGCCGUUGUCUUCGGCGGCUUCGCGGCAGCUUCUUUGGCGCAGCGCAUCGAGGCCUCGCGCCCCGUAGCUAUCCUCACGGCGUCGUGUGGCAUCGAUGGGGCAAAGGGGCCAAUGAGCUACCAGCCGUUUAUCCGAGAGGCCGUGGCGCUGACCAAGCAUAAGCCGAGCCGGGUGCUGGUGUGGCAGCGGGAGCAGCUGCGAUGGGGCCGCCUGGAGAAGGCGAAGGGGGAAAGGAAUUGGUUCAAGUUAGUGAGAAGUGCACGAGCGAGGGGCGUCAGGGCCGAGUGCGUGCCGGUUGGGGCUAGUGAGGGAGUGUAUAUCAUAUAUACCUCGGGCACGACGGGGACACCGAAGGGAGUGGUGAGAGAUGCAGGGGGUCAUGCUGUCGGGCUGCAUCUUUCUAUAAGCUAUCUUUUUGGCGUCCACGGGCCGGGCGAUUGCAUAUUCACAGCGAGUGACAUAGGCUGGGUCGUGGGACAUUCCUAUAUCCUCUACGCGCCCCUUCUCACCGGUGCCGCGACAGUCCUGUUCGAAGGAAAGCCGGUGGGAACACCCGAUAGCUCGACCUUUUGGCGCAUCAUCCGGGACUACAAAGUAACGAGUCUGUUCACAGCGCCCACGGCACUACGGGCGAUAAAACGGGACGACCCGGAAAACAAGUUCCUGAAGCGAAUCGGCGAGGAUGGCGGACUGAAUUCUCUAAAGGCACUCUUUCUCGCCGGCGAAAGAUCAGAACCGUCUAUCAUCACCAUGUACCAGGAGCUCCUGCAGAAAUACGGAGCGCCAGGUGCAACAGUCAUCGACAACUGGUGGUCUUCCGAGUCGGGCUCGCCCAUCUCUGGAAUCAGUCUAGUUCCCCAUGCCGGGAAGGACAGGAAGACUGAGGCCCGAGAUCAUCGGCCACUUGGCGUGAAGCCAGGAAGUGCCGGUAAGGCCAUGCCGGGUUUUGACGUUAGGGUUGUGGACGAUGAGGGGACCGAGCUGGAAAGGGGCAAGAUGGGGAAUAUUGUCAUGGCGAUCCCUUUGGCCCCGACUGGGUUUCGGACUCUGUGGGAGGAUGAGGAGAGAUUUCAUAAGGGUUAUCUGAAGCGGUUCGAUGGGAAGUGGCUCGACACGGGAGAUGCUGGCAUGAUCGACGCCGAUGGCUACAUCAGCAUUAUGAGCCGGAGCGAUGACUUGAUCAACACAGCCGGUCAUCGACUAUCGACCGGCGCUAUCGAACAAGCAAUUACAAGCCAUCCCCUCGUCGCAGAAGCCAGCGUGAUCCCCAUCCCAGAUGCCCUCAAAGGUCAACUGCCCUUCGCUUUCGUCACGCUCUCCGUACCCGACCACCCUUCAUCAGCCGUGCCCGACUCCAAACUUGCCGAGGAAAUCCAGAAGCAGGUGCGCAGCCAGAUCGGCGGCAUUGCGACGCUCGGCGGCAUCAUUCAAGGGAAGGGAAUGAUUCCCAAGACGAGGUCGGGAAAGACUUUAAGGAGGGUAUUGCGGGAGCUCGUGGAGAAUGCGGUACAUGGCGAGUUUGAGAAGGAGGUGCAGUGGCCGGCUACGAUUGAGGAUCUGGCGGUCAUUGAAGUGGCUAGGGCGAAAGUGGCCGAGUACUUUAGGGUGAAGGGGAGGACGCAUAGAGCAAUUGAGGAGAGGGCUAAGCUGUAA